AUGGCUGACAAAGGAUUGGAGGAGAUCCCUGAGGGGCAGAUCGAGUCUAAUUACGAUGAGGUAACUGACUCGUUCGACAAUAUGAACCUCAAGGCUGAGUUGCUGAGAGGUGUCUACGCAUAUGGUUUCGAACGACCAUCUGCCAUCCAGCAGCGGGCUAUCAUGCCAGUCAUCAAGGGAUCUGAUGUCAUUGCACAAGCACAGUCAGGUACUGGCAAGACUGCAACAUUCUCUAUCUCCGCCCUUCAAAAGAUCGAUACGAACCUGAAAGCCUGCCAGGCUCUGAUUCUUGCACCAACCCGAGAACUCGCCCAGCAAAUCCAGAAAGUUGUCGUCGCUAUCGGCGACUUCAUGAACGUUGAGUGCCAUGCUUGCAUUGGUGGCACUAAUGUGCGGGACGAUAUGAAGGCUUUGCAAGAUGGUCCACAAGUCGUUGUCGGUACUCCAGGACGAGUUCAAGACAUGAUUCAGCGACGAGUCCUCAAGACUGAUAACAUGAAGAUGUUCAUUCUUGACGAGGCUGAUGAGAUGUUGUCUCGUGGUUUCACCGAGCAGAUCUACGACAUCUUCCAGCUGCUACCUCAGUCUACUCAAGUCGUCCUUCUGUCCGCCACUAUGCCACAGGAUGUUCUCGAAGUUACCACUAAGUUCAUGCGAGAUCCUGUCCGAAUCUUGGUCAAGAAGGCUGAGCUUACCCUCGAAGGUAUCAAGCAAUUCUACAUUGCAGUCGAGAAGGAGGAGUGGAAGCUAGAUACUCUCUCGGAUCUCUACGAGACCGUCACAAUCACACAGGCCGUUAUCUUCUGCAACACUCGAAGGAAGGUCGAUUGGCUCACCGACAAGCUCACAGCCCGUGACUUCACCGUCUCCGCUAUGCACGGUGACAUGGAACAAGCUCAGCGAGAUGUCAUCAUGAAGGAGUUCCGAUCAGGCUCGUCCCGUGUCCUAAUUGCCACUGAUUUGUUGGCUCGUGGUAUCGAUGUGCAGCAAGUCUCGUUGGUCAUCAACUAUGAUCUUCCAGCCAACCGAGAGAACUACAUUCACAGAAUCGGUCGUGGUGGUCGAUUCGGUCGUAAGGGUGUUGCCAUCAACUUCGUCACUGCUGAUGACGUUCGGAUGAUGCGAGAAAUCGAGCAGUUCUACAGCACUCAGAUCGAGGAGAUGCCAAUGAACGUCGCUGACCUUAUCUAA